UAUUCUCUCCGAGUCGAUCUCCCGUUGUUCAUUUCGGCGUAUCGAUCGUCCCCCCUUCGUCCAUUCUUCUGUCUAGCGCGAUCCACUAUAAAUCUGACAUGCUCUCUCAUCCUGUUUCUAGCACGGCAAGCCCGUGACAAAGAAAAGGGGUUCCAAGAACGAAGCAUUGCUACUUCUCUCCCGGAUAGCCGGUGCGUCGCGCGCGCGACCUGAUGCUGCCAUCCAGGCCAAGAUCCGGGUCGUGGGGAGGAAGUGGGACGAGGGCUCUACCGGCGGAGGCUUCCAAAGCGACGCCUCGGCACGGGCGCAGCAGGUCCACACCAUCAUCUUCCGAGCGUGGCAGCGGCGACAUGGCGGAGCAGCAGCAGGAGGAGGAGGAGAGGACGCGGUCCCUGCGAGAGCUCAUGGAGCGAGAGGUGGCCGCGGCCAAGGAGACUGAGACGAAGAUGCUGGAGUCGCUGAUCCAGCAGACCAAGGAGCUGGAGCAGGCCAAGAUCGCGCUCGCGGAGGCCAAGCUCGAGGUCGCCACGCUACGGACCGGGCCCGGUCCCGGGCCCGUGGCCCAGGCCCAGUGGAGCGUCAUGGACCUCAUGUUCGGCGGCGUCGACGAAGAGAUCAACGGGCUGCGGGGCAAGCUCCGGGCGGCAACGCAGGCUGAGGAGAGAAGCAGGAAGGAGGCCGAGGACCUCACGGCCUCGCUCUCCGCGGUCACCAUGGAGGCCAAGCAAGUGAAGGCGUGGCUCUCCGACGCGCAGGCCGACCUGGAGCGCGCCCACGCCGAGGCCGGCCGGCUCCAGGCGCUGCUCCACGCCACGGACGCCGAGCUCUGGGCGGUCACCGAGCAGCUGGACGGCGUCACGUGCGAGUGGAAGGACGCGACCGCGUCCUGGCGCGCCAGGGAGAAGGCGCUCCUGGCGCGCGCCCGCGCCGCCGAGGACGAGAACGCCGAGCUCGCCGAGUCGCGCCGGGCGGCCGAAGACGAGAACGGCGGCCUGCGGCGCGCGCUGGAGCAGGCCGUGGAGGAGGCCAACGCGGCAGGGGAGUCGCUCGAGUUCGCGACGGGGGAGAACGCCAGGCUGCGGGACGCCGUCGCGGCCAAGGAGCGCGCCCUGGAGUCCCUGCGGCAGGAGAACGAGGCCCUCAGGGCCAGCGAGGCCGCGGCGCAGGCGCGCGCCAAGGAUCUCCAAGAUCAGCUCGCGGCCGCGGCGGUCACCAAAAAGGCCGCCCCUGAGAAGGCAGCGGAGUCGUUGGCGUUGGAGAAGUGGAGAAGCGAGGCGCAGGGGAAGCUGAGCGCGGCGUUCCUGGACUCCGGCAGGGUGAUGGCGGCGAGCCGCAAGGACAGGAUGUUCGCGUCCCUCAGCAACAUCGCGGAGCUCAGGUCGGCGGCGGCCGCGGCGGCCAUGGACGAUUACGACUACGAGUUCGACGAUCACUUCGACGACGGAGGGAGACGGUACGGCGAGCUGGAGCACGCCAUGAAGCACAAGAAGCGGAGGUCCGUUCUAAGGAAAUUCGGGGAUUUCUUCAGGAAGAGAAGCCUGUACACAGGUCCAACUUUGCGCCAGUGCCGCGCUACUAGUUAGUACUCCGUAGAAUCUAGGUAGAUAUUUGCGUGAUGCUUGCGGUGUGUGUUUGCUUCGUACUGUAUACUGUAUUAUGAAAAAUGCACACAUAAUAAAUAUGAAGUAUAUGAUCUGAUCAUCCUA